CCAUGGGAACUUUGUCCACUGCAUUACCCACUCAGUGGUGUCAUUUUACUCAACGGUUGUCCGUCAAAUUGGAGUACACUACGGCCAGAUAUGGAUAAAGUUGUCAUUGUAACCGGCGCGAACAGGUAAGUUGGUAUGUUAUGGUAUGUAUGUAGCAAGGGCUAAUAUUAGCACUUUGGCUAAGUAAGUGGAUAUGGCUUCAAAUGUGAUUGUUGUCAACCGUGCAGCAUCAUUGAGGUGAGGGAAGUGUACAUUAUGUUUAAACUCCAGUGAGCACAUAGUAUCACAGUAGAUUUUUUUUCUGCAAAUGAUCCUGCUGAAAGUCCUUCUCUGAUGCCAUUUGCAAUUUUAUAAUAGAAUUCGACCAUGAGUGUGGAAGGCACCAAAGAUGUUGCUGAAUGCCACAGUCGAUUGGGAAAAUGUGCAGGAGUAGUGUGUGAAAACGUAUGAGAAACAUUGCUCAUUGAGACUGCAUGGCCAUUUGUGCCAUAAAUCAGCUGGGAUAGGCUCCAGCCCAUGCAGUUAGCCUAAACUGGAGAAGAGAAGCAGCAUAGAAAAUGAUGUAGCCUGGCCCUGGUGUACUUCUCCCAUUUCAGUGCAUUAUUGAUGACAGGAUUGCUUAUGAUUGGGGUAAACUCCUUGUUUGUGGUUUCUAUCUGCCAUGUGGCUUCUUUUUUUAGCGGCAUCGGUCUAGCCUUGUGUGAAAGGCUUCUCACUGAGGAUGCCCAGCUUCGUCUGUGUCUGGCAUGCAGAAACAUGCAAAGGGCCGAGGCUGCCCGGUCCGCCCUCUUGACGUCUCACUCCGAGGCCCGUGUGGAUUUAGUGCACCUGGAUGUGGGUUCUGUGCAGUCUGUGCUCACUGCUGCCCAAGAGCUGAAGGCCAGGUACAAGAGAAUUGACUUUUUGUAUCUUAAUGCAGGAAUUAUGCCCAAUCCACAAGUGGAUGUAAAAGCUUUUUUCAAGGGUUUAUUCUCCAGGAACAUCAUCAACAUGUUUGCAACAGCACAGGGUAUCUUAAGCCAGCAGGACCGCCUCAACCCUGACGGUCUGCAGGAAGUGUUUGCUACCAACCUGUUUGGUCAUUUUCUCCUGAUUAGAGAGCUAGAGCCUCUGCUGUGUCAGGGGGAUCACACCUCAAGUGUCGUGUGGACCUCCUCAAGUAACGCCCGCCGGACCGCCUUCAGCAUCGAAGACAUCCAACACAGAAAUGGGGCGGAGCCCUACAGCUCUUCCAAGUAUGCUUCUGACAUGCUCAGUGUGGCCCUCAACAGACACAAGAACAGCCAGGGGCUUUUCUCCUCUGUGAUAUGUCCAGGGCUGGUGAUGACCAAUCUAACUUACGGCAUCCUCCCCUCCUUCUUGUGGACUCUCAUCAUGCCAGUUAUGUGGCUGAUCAGGAUCUUCACCAAUACGUUCACUCUCACACCGUACAACGGAGCAGGCUCUCUGCACUGGCUGUUCCUUCAAACACCCGAGUCCCUGGAUCCAAGGGCAAAGUAUCACAGUUUAACAUCAGGACUCGGGACAAACUACACAGAACCACGACCAAUGGACAUUGACGACAGCAUGUGCGAAGCGCUUUAUGAAAAGCUUCUUCACCUGGAGAAAGAAGUCAGGAGAAGACUUGCCGACAGGCAUUCUUAUCCGCAACCUAACUAACUGUAAUAUGAUAACAUAGACUUGUGUACUAUGUAAAGGAAAGGUUUACCUUAGGCCAAUACUAUGCUUUUAUUUACCUUGCCUUGCCUUACUUUUUCAACACUCAUUCAAAGAAAAGAUCUUUUUUUUUUUUUUUUUUUUACAUCCAGCAAAUUCUGUAACAGAGAUAUGACCAAGAAGCCCUGUUUUGAAUAUGACUUGUGGAUGUUAGCGUUAUUAUCUCUGUCGCUGAGUCACAUUGUUACAACUUGUUUUUACACCCUUCCCUCUCAGGAUAAACAGAGCAUUCUUGGCCUGAAAUAUCUCCCAACCAGUGUCUUGACCAUAUAAUGUGAAAUAUUUUCCAAUAUGCAUAUAUUUGUUUUGACAUAUUUAAAGUAAAUGAUGAAUGUGCUGUGCUUUAAAAUGAAGAGAAUAAGGCGUGGAAUGCAAUUACAAGGGCAAUUCAAUUGAAUUAAUACCUGAGGCCUGUACUGCAAAAGUGGCUCAACAUACCCGGCCGAGCUUUGUGCUCAUGAUACAGCUCAACAAAACCUAAAUUCUGCAAACAGAGUUCAACGGUACUGCAACGGUGGCUUUGUCAAGUCCAGUUCUCGGCUUUGUGCUCAGUGUGCGUUCACAUAAAAGCGGUUUGACAUCAUAUUAUUCUACUUCCGGUGCAAAAAUUGAGCAUUCCCAGCCGGUGUAUUUUACACAAGAAGAGCAAGUGUCGUCGCCAAUAGAACAAGGGAGGACUCCUGACAGAAAAUUGCUGAGCGGCUAAAUGCGUCAAUUAACGCUGAACUAUACCCUUAGUGUGUUCAUUUCUGAAAGCUCAACAUUCUGUAACGUUUACAUAUGAACCCUUAUCCAUUUAAAAAUAAUAAUAAACUAGAGCAACAAUUGUCUUUUUUGUCUUUGAAAUAUGUCCAUAUUGUUUUCAUAUUUUACUGCUCUCAAUUAUAGGAAUUGUCACAUGAUGUACCUCUUGUUGACCACAAGGUGACAGUGUUGUGGCGAGUUUUUCCGUUGCAAUAAGUUUUUCUUUUUGUUCCUACAAUACAGACAUGUUUUAUUCCCGUUGAUUGAUGCCUCAGAGUGCUUAUUCCACCAGCAAAUAUUGUAAUAUGACACCAAUGGUCAUAUACAGGUGCUGCUCAAUAAAUUAGAAUAUGACCAAAAAGUUGCUUUAUUUCAGUAAUUUCAUUCACAAAGUGAAACUUGUAUAUUAUAUACAUUCAGUAUCUCAGAAAAUGUGUAUAUUACUUAUGACCAAUAAAAAAAAGGAUUUUAGAAAUGUUGGCCAACUCAAAAGUAUGACAUGUACAGCACUCAAUACUUGGUUGGGGCUCCUUUUGCCUGAAUUACUGCGUCAAUACGGCGUGGCAUGGAGUCGACCAGUCUGUGGCACUCCUCAGGUGUUAUGAGAGCCCAGGUUGCUCUGAUAGUGGCCUUCAGCUCUUCUGCAUUGUUGGGUCCAGCAUAUCGCAUUGACAAUACCGCAUAGAUUUUCUGAGGUUGAGGUCAGGCAAGUUUGCUGGCCAAUUUAGGACCGGGAUACCAUGGUCCUGUAAACCAGGUACUGGUAGUUUUGGCACUGUGUGCAGGUGCAAGUCCUUUUGGAAAAUGAAAUCUGUAUCUCCAUGAAGUUGGUCAGCAGCAGUAAGCAAAAUUGAAUUGCUAUAGAACUUCUUGGUAGAUGGCUCCACUGACCUUGGACC